UAAACCCACCUCCUUCUUCACCAGCCUCUGCGUUUAAUAACAGUAGCUAGUUACCAUUUUUGCAGUGGCUGGAUCGAUCCACAGCUGAAAAAUGAACUACUACUUUGAAAACCCUAAUCCAAACCCUAAUUAUGGCGGCGUGAAUAAUAUGGAGGUGGUGGCUUCUUCCCCAUCUGAGUUCAUCUUAUCCGAUUACCUCAUGUUCGAGGAUGUUGCAGAAGACGAUCAUCGUCAAGAACAUGAUUGGUCACAUCAGAGCACAGAAUCAUCGGAGAAGGCGAACAGUACUGAGUUUAGCACUGGUGCAACAUCGGACAUCAGCUACAACAACAUGGAAUGUGAAGAUGGGGGAAAGCGAAACUUUAGAACACAAGUGACGCAAAGGAUCGCGUUUAGGACAAGAUCGGAGCUUGAUGUUAUGGAUGAUGGAUACAAAUGGAGGAAAUACGGAAAGAAAUCUGUGAAGAGUAAUCCAAAUCCAAGGAACUACUACAAGUGUGGAAGUGAAGGAUGCAAUGUGAAGAAGAGAGUGGAAAGGGACACAGAGGAUGCGAACUAUGUGAUCACAACCUAUGAAGGCGUUCACAAUCAUGAGAGCCCCUCUUCAGCCUAUUAUUCCCAACUGCUUCAUCCUAAUUAUAAUUUCCACUCUUCUUCUGCUAACUCAUCCUCCACUACCACUUCCUAGAUACAUAUUAUUACUUUUUAAUUAAUUAUUAAUAUUUUAAUUUGUACUAGUACUAAUCACCUUUGAGUUAUUCUCAUCAAGCCGCUUUGUAUAUUUCAUCUUAAUGUUAUCAAAUUACCACACA